AUGGAUAGAGCGCCAACUCCCCCCUCUCCAAAAGCUGGGACGAGGCUGGGCCUCGCGGCAAAGGCCAAUCCUGGCUUCCCAGACCCAGGGCCCAAAGCUCAAAGCCGGACUCCUUUGGAGAAAAGAGGUCCGAAGGGCCGGGUCCGGGGGCCUGCGGACCAGGCCUUCCUGGCAGCGCCCGCGGUCCCUGCGGGAGCCGGGGAGAGGCCGCGGUCCCGACCCUCCCCGCCUGACGACCUCGCCGCCGCGCCUCCCUCCCAGCCCAAGGUCCAAACGGUCCCGGGCUACAGAGGCGCGGCCCGGGCAGGCCGAGGACGUUGCGCAAGAGAUAUAAACACAAUCUGUCUUUACCCAGUCUAUAAAAAGGUUACAAGAAGAAAGAACCAUCAUAAUCAUACUGGGAAUGGCUUUAACAACAUGGAGGACACUGCUUUGGUUAAAGGACUUAUUGGAAAAUCAGAUUGUAUUGAUAGUGUUGAAACCUCCAAAUUAACGCAGGAAAAUUAAAUUUGGUAGAAAA